GAUGCCCACGAAACAGUAAUGGAGGGGGCGGCCCUUUGAAUGGAAUAUUCCUCUUAGAAUGUCCUCGGAUCUUGAGGCCGGACCCUCUGAGGGUGGGCCCAGUGGUCUGACCCCGGGCGAGGACCCCUCGGUUCAGAUGGAAUCAUCAGACGCGAUAUUGGGCAAAGAUGAAGCCUUGGAGCGGUUGAUGACUUCGUCCGAACUUCUGGCCUACCAGGAGGAACUCCAGAGAACUACGCCGGAAUUCGACGAAACCAUUCCCAACAAGAAGACAGAUUCUCAGGAUUCUGGAUUUUCAGAGGGUUCUUCCUUGCCUUCCUCUCAGGCUGGACAUGUAGAAGAACAGUCAAGUGAGACUGUUGAGGGAGAAAUUACUCCAGUGACAACAGCAAUCACAAGUACUGAGACGGCAGCUGCUACAGGGAAUAUCCCACAAACUGUAACCACUUCUGCCAAGCUCAAACCAGUAGGUGUGCAGAUAGUCACCAGACCAUCUGCUUCUGGUGCAGCAGAAGUAAUCUUUGUGAAGCAGGAUGGAAAGGAAUCCAACUCUGGAGUGGCACAGUUUGCAUCAAUGGGACAUGAGGUGCCGGUUUCAGGAUCUGGGGCAUUCAUUCCGCAGGGGAGAUAUGUGGCAGUCCCACUUGUUCCCUUGAGGCGCUCAGCCUCUGCUGCUCAACCUUCAACCACAUCAAGUUCUCAACCGGUGAAGAAGAUGAUCAUAGCAGGUAACCUGAGUGGUACAGCUCAAGCCAUUCCUACCAAAGGGGUGUCCAUUCUCUCUCCAGUGAAGAACCAAGAAGGCCAUAAGGGGAAGGGUGGAGUGCAAGGGAAGAAGGUGCAGGAGGGAACACGGUUGGUGAUGGCCUCACCUAUGAAGAGUGUCAUGGCACCAAUGCAACUGGUGGCAUCACGGGGGCAGCCCACAGUCGUUUCUCUUCCCACCACCUCAACUGCAACAACCAAAGUCAUCUUCAAUGUGGAUGGAGGAGAUCCAAAGCUGAAGGGCCAAACGGGGUUUCAGCCUUUCCUCACAGCUGCCCAGCUGGGUAUUCCUCAACAAGGUAUCACCCAUGGCAAGGUGCAGUUUUUGAGAGUGGUGUCAGCACCAGGGACCACACAGACGAUUCUGUCUCCUGCUCAGCAGUCAUUGGAAGUUCUUCCAAUCAUAUCCCAGGGAUCUACUUUCAAAAUCCCCUCUCAUCCUCAGCAGGGUCUGUUGAAGGCAGUGAGUGCAGUCGGAUCGACUCAACGGGUUCUUGUCCCCUUCACAACAGUGACGCAGCCAAAACCCCUUGCACCCCGACAGACACCAACGUCCUCUACAGUUGCUUUCUCCACUCUCUCUUUGGCAUCCCCAUCCCAGCAUCAAACUUCUGUUCCUGUCACUGUGAAAGAGGAGCCAGAUGCCGGAGGGAUGGAGGUGGAUGGGGAGACAAUAUUGGGGAUCACAGAUGGAGGGAAAGAGUCUGAAAUUCAGUCAUCUGAUGUUUUGUCAUCAGGAGGAGACAUCUCUCUAGUCCCUGUUCCUCAGACAGAGCAGGAACAAGAAGCAACUUCGGGGCAUCCACACUCAGGUCACCUUUUCCGCCCACGGAAGGUGUGCAAUUGCACAAAGUCACGCUGCCUCAAGUUAUAUUGUGAGUGCUUUGCAAGUGGAGAAUUCUGCACAUACUGCAACUGCCUCAACUGUGCCAACAAUAUUGAGCAUGAGGAUGAACGACAUCGUGCCAUCUCCAUGUGUCUGGAGAGGAAUCCCCAGGCAUUCAAGCCCAAGAUUGGAAAGGCGAUGAUUGGAGAGGGCCAUGAGCGUGUUCACACCAAGGGAUGCCACUGCAAGCGAUCUGGGUGCCUCAAGAACUAUUGCGAGUGCUUUGAGGCAAAGAUCCUGUGCUCAGCCAUCUGCAAGUGUGUGGGGUGUCGGAACCAGGAGGACGAGCUGGGGUCUCAGCGUCGCAUGCUGUUAGACCUGGCCGAGGCAGCGGAAGUGAAGCGACAGGAGAGAGCCUCUGUGAAGUGCCGCCUCUUUCAGGACAAGGCUUCUGUCCCACGUGCUGUCUCCAUUUCCACAAACCUCUACAGCAUCAACAUGCCUGACACGAGGGGACCCUGGGAAUGCAUCACAGCAGAUGUGAUUGAAGCAACGGUGCAGUGCAUGCUGGCCGAGGCACAGGAGGCUGAGAACCGUGGCGAUUCCCCUGCUGAUGUUGAGGCAACCAUCCUUGGGGAGUUUGGCCGUUGCCUCAAUCAGAUCAUUGACCAUUCACGGAAAAUGCGAGACACACCCCCCCUCUCGUCCUCGUGAGACCCGCGUAUCAUUCACCCCCAGACACUAAUGAUAUGUGGUGGCAGUGAUGGGAACCAUCUGUAUGGAGUGUGGUCUUCUUGGAUGUGCAGAUGAUGUCUCUGGAAGGUUAUGUUCCCUGUGUACUGUGCUCAGUGCUUGUUGAUCUCAUGCUGCCUCCAAUAGUAAUGUACAAAGAAGCAGGACUCGGUGCUAUGCACCACAUCAGCUUAUAAACUUUUCUGACCUCAUAUUCAGAAUCUGUUUAAUUGUAUGGGAAUCUGUUUGACGCAGUUAAUCUCAUUCCCAUGUUCUCCGAUAUUGAGAUUAGAUAAGAUUAAAUUUAUAUUGAUCUGGUGCACCCGCAACCAGUAUGACAAUGCAAUCCUCAAAUAGCUUUCUACAUUUUCUUUUUGCUAUGCCCAUCUUAUCAUAUAAAGGUGAAAGAUACAGUGCUGCAUGAA